AUGAAGAGUACCAAGAGCAGUCGGCUGCGGUCGUCCGAGCUCCAGCGCCUCAAGCAACAAGUGCGCGAACGCACCCACCACUGCGAGGCCCAGAUUCGCGCACUCUGCGGGCAGCUCGACCCGCCACUUUCGACGGCGUCCUCCAGCCGUGGCAGCAGUCGGCGUAGCAGCCCGAGUAGCUCUACUGCACGCUCCGACGACCGCUCCGACACGGAGCCCGAGCCCAUUCCAGACGAUCCGCUGACGAUGAAGCAAGCGCUGGACGUAGACGACUGGUUCUACCGCAUUGCGGACGUGUACACCUACUCCAAACAACAGCUGUUGGAGCGGUUUUAUCGCGGCAAGUGCAAGAAACAAGUGCAAUUCUUGCCACUCGACCACGUCUGCCACGUGCUCAACGAUCUCGAGCCGAGUGCGCGGGACCCUUUGACACCCGCCAUGCAGCGCUUUCUACGCGGUUUUGCCUCCAAACACAAGGGCGAGUAUGUGGUCGAUAUGGCGGCGGCGUUGGACAGCUUGGUGCUAUGGCCCACGGCCAAGCACCGUGUUCACAAAGCGCAGCAACUGCCCGUGACGCCACCACCAAGCGCGCCACCUCGGAAACCAUCGCUGCCGCUCACAGUCGAGGAACCUCUGCUCGCCGACAUUGCUAGGGCACUCGGCGCGGACGGCGUGCAGCAUGCGAGGGAGCUGCUCGUACGCCAAGCCAAGGAACCCUACCAGCACGUCGAUCAUGUGCUGUCAACUCUCCAGUCGCUCGUUCGUUUUCGCAUACUGCCCGAUGCCUUUUACGACCUCUGCGUCGGCUUUCCCAUGUCGGACGCCACACAUGUCGACAUUCGAGCUCUUGUGGACGCGAUGCGCGACCACCUGCGCUUUCAAGUGCGUCCGACGGUCACCACGUCACACGAACUCGGGUCCAAGCCCCAUACAACGCCGUUGGAGCAACUUCGCGAGGCUUUUCGCACGCACCGUAUUUCCCACCGGAGCCUUCUCCAGCAAUGCAGUCUCUUUGACUUUGAAGACGAUGGGUGCAUUGCCCUUGCGGCGUGUCUCUCGAUCUUGCAGUCGUUUCCAUGUCACACGCUCUCGAUGACAGAGCUCACGGCACUUUUGCAGCCCUACACCGAGAAUCAAUGCGUCCAGUACAACGCAAUGGCCGAUGCGCUCUGUGCGCCGCCUGCCAAGGUGUUUACACCACGAUCGGCCAGUGCCAAGAUGAGUCUGAAAACACCCAACCCUUGGGCGGCUCUCCAAGCCAAGCUCUACCACGACACGACGACUGAGGCGCGCGUCUAUGACAAACUACACGCGAUUUUUCAAAAGCUCAGCGUCGACCAUACGCACAUCUCAGAGCACGACCUCCAUCGCGUCCUUGGCAAUCACUGGUCCGCCGCCGAGAUUGCGUGGGUCAUCCAGACCUUGUACCAGCGCGGCGCUGAAGAUGAGAUUGACAUGCAUGCGUUCUACGAGCACGUGUUCCCGCACUCCUCGAAAAAGUCGAAGCACCACAAAGCAGGCCAGUCCGACAAAGUCGAAGCCGCGCUCUUCCAGCCCGCGGAAACCGGCUCGCAGCCCGAGUCCCCGCCGACGUUGAAGCACGUUCAUGUCGCCCGCGCCGAAGUCAAGUCGGCCUUUGAGGAAUUUGCGGCGCCGUACUCCGGCUAUCUCACGCCACGUCAAGCGGUGAGCGCGAUCGAGCUCUUGACGUCCCCGAUGGAGUGGACCGAAGACGAGCUCGACGAUAUGAUUGUGGCUCUCGACACGGCGGGGAAUGGCCAAAUUCGCCUGCAGCGACUCUGGGAUCUCUUGUCUCACAAAGGCCAGACGACGACCUUUGGUACGGCCAAGCGGUUUGAGAGCGACGACGACGAUGCUGUGCACCCGGGGGCCGUGCGACCGCUUCCGGUGCCAAGUCCCAAGGCACGGCGCGCCAGCCCGCGCAAGUCGCCGCCACCUCGACGUUCGAUGAGUCCCUCCAAGCGCACUAAAGCGCCACUGCGGUCGGACAUGGCCGACAUCGUCCGUCGGCUGCGUCAUGCGAUCACCACGCAUUCGAUCCCUCUGCAUGUCCUUUUCGACGACGCCGACGACGGCAGUGGCCGGCUCUCGUCGCGCCAGCUGUGCGACGUCCUCUGGCCCAUUGCCGACCAGUACACGACAGUCAAGCACGACAAGCUCUUGGCGAUGUUGGAGCUCCUUGAAGCGUCGGAUGGUACUGUGGGCCUCACCGACGUGGCCGAUGUCAUAUUUGAUUGGCCGGGUCUGAAGCAGCACUUGCAGUCGAUUGCAUCAUUCUCUGAGGUGUUGACGCUGUUUCAAGCGCGGGAUCCCGACCACCACGGCCGACUACGCCUUGCCCCGGAUUUUGAACAUGCGUUUUUCAAGAUUUUCCGCACGCAACUGCAAGCGUGGGAGCUCCGCGUCAUGCACGACCGGUUUGGCGUGACGCUCUCGGGCGAGCCCUUUGUCGACUAUGGCGCGCUCGUGACCUAUCUUCUGCCGCGGUCGCCCGUCGAUCUUUUCGAAGACUUGGUCGACAACGUCGUACCCGGCAAGUCCCAGGGCGACCAAGAGAUUUACCGUAGUUUUAAACGCUUUGAUAUGGACGAGAAAGGGUACUUUGACCGAAAAGACGUCAAACGUAUGCUGCAAGAGACGCUGGACGUCGAGCCGUCACCAGACGAGCUGGACGCAGUGUACCGCCAGUUUCUAUCGCCAUCAUCGCCAGAUCAAGUCGUGCGGCUGCAGCGCUUCCGAGCGAUCGCUCACCAACGGCUAUAG